UAUCAUAACUUUUGAGUUGUUACGUAUAAUGUUGUAUAAGAUAGAAGAUAGUAAUCUAUUAUAGAUAAAAUAUGGAAUCAUUGUUGUGAAGAAUAUUAAUUCAAUACAAGUGACAUGUUUUGAGUGAAUUCUGCCGAAAAGUUAUUUGGAAUAUUUUUAGUUUUAGAGCUGUCCACUGACGCCAUAAUGCUUCUGACGGUAGUAUUGGUGGUAGCAGGUCUCGCUGUUGCACUAUGCUUCUUCGUGAGAAAACGGUGGCAUUAUUGGAAAGAUUUAAAUGUAGAGCAGGCGGAUAUCAAUUAUAUAUUUAAAAACAUUUACAUUCUGUUCUCCAAGAAGACAAGUUUUGCUGAAAUGACUGUGAUAGGAUAUAACAAAUUUCCUAAAUCUAGGUAUAUUGGGACAUAUCAACUUUUGAAGCCGAUGAUGUUAAUCAAAGACCCCGAACUAUUGAAAGAUAUUACCGUCAAAAGUUUUGACCACUUUAUGGAUCAUACCAAUCAAGUAUCGGAAAACUCCGAUCCACUAUGGACAAAAAAUUUAGUGGCGCUUAGAGGACAACAAUGGCGCGACAUGAGAUCCGUCCUCAGUCCUUCCUUUACGAGUAGUAAGAUGAAAGUUAUGUUUACGCUGAUGACAGAAUGUGCCCAAAAUUUUUCAAAGCACUUUCAGAAGAAAAAGGAAGAUGUUGUUGAACUGGAAUUAAAAGAAACUUUCACGCGGUUUACAAACGAUGUAAUAGCUACAACUGCAUUUGGUAUAAAGGUUGAUUCUCUGGAGGAUCGCGAUAACGAAUUUUAUUUGAUGGGAAGGGAUGUCACCAACUUCACUGGGACUUUAAAGAUGCUGAAGUUUAUGAUUGCUGCAGCUUUUCCUAGAUUGGCAAAUCUUUUGAAAAUAACAUUCUUCGAUAAUAAAACCAGAAAUUUCUUUACCAAAUUAAUUGAUAAGACGGUACAAGUAAGAGAAGAUAAAGGAAUUGUUCGUCCCGAUAUGAUACACUUACUAAUGGAAGCUAGAAAGGGAGUCCAGAUUAAAGAAGAACUUACUGUGGAUGAAGGAUUUGCUACGGCAAAAGAAGUCGAAAAUUUAGCAGAAAAAGUCGUUUCAAAAGAAAUUACCAACAUAGACAUUACGGCCCAAGCGUUAAUUUUCUUUUUAGCUGGAUUCGAAACUGUAGCCUCAACAAUGUGUUUUGUUGGUUAUGAACUAGCUGCCAAUCAGGAUUACCAGGAGAGGCUGAGGGAAGAAAUUAUGGAAACUUUAGAUCAGUGUCACGGAAGUCUGAGUUAUGAGGCUUUACUGAAAAUGAAGUAUAUGGAUAUGUUUGUAUCAGAAUCCUUGAGAAAAUGGCCUGUGGCCAUAAUGACCGAACGACAAUGCACCAAAGAUUACAUCAUUAAACCCGAACGACCAGAAGAAGCACCAGUUACUAUUAAAAAAGGAAUGUCAAUCUGGAUGCCAGUAUAUCCAAUUCAUAGAGACUCCAAAUACUAUCCAGACCCAGAUAAAUUCGACCCUGAUAGAUUUAAUGAGCAAAACAAAAGUAAAAUCAACCCUUACACGUAUCUACCGUUUGGGCUAGGCCCAAGAAACUGUAUAGGUUCCAGGUUUGCUUUAUUAGAAGUCAAGGUGGUGUUCUUUUAUUUGCUUAGAGAUUUUCAAAUUGUUCCUGUAGAGAAAUCGCAAAUUCCUCUGGUUAUUUCGAAAAAGAACUUUAAUCUCACGUCUGAAGGCGGAUUUUGGUUUGGACUGAAACGUUUAUAAGUUUUGCUAUGUUCCUAGAUUAAAAUAAGGUGGAUAAAUAUCAUGUAAUAUUUUUUUUAAAUAAGUAAUAAAUAUUUAGUAUGAAUUA